AUGGGAGUCGAUGUGUAUGCGCUUGACUUUGUUCAGAUCAACAAGGCUAUCUAUGCUAUGUAUGUGACUGAGCUUAGUGAUGAGGGUGCGUGUUACUCGUGUGUACCUGGUGAUGCUGGUGUCGCUGCUACUGCUCUAGGUGCUAUUGAGUCUGCUGCAGCACUAGGUGCUGGUGAGUCUUCGAUCGCAGGUGCUAGUGAGUCUGCUGCAUCCGCUGAGGCCCUUCACACUUUCACGCUUGACUCAAGCGCGUCUCGUUAUUUCUUUCGUGACUGCACCACACUCACACCACUAGCUGCACCGGUAUCAGUCUCACUGGCCGACCCCACUGGGGGCCUAGUAGUCGCACGAGCCUCCACUGUCCUUCCGUGUCCAGCGGUCCCCUCAGGUUCUCUAUCAGGUCUCCAUCUCCCCACGUUCUCCACGAACUUGGUGAGCAACGCUGCUCUUCAGGAUGUAUGGGUUGACACCUUUACUCCUGGAGGGCAGCGUGUGGCGAUCUGUCCCUGCCCUCCCUCGCACGCUCGCCUGCACCGCCCUGCCUUCCCUGCGUUAAGGGGCGGCAGCGCGCCGCUCCUCACUCCUCCGAGUUUCCUCCUCACUGCUCCUCUGCAGAUUCUCCACAUGGACGUUUGGGGCCCGGCCCCCAUUGGUGGAACGUACCAGGAGCGCUACUUCCUGCUGGUUGUUGAUGACUACACAUGCUACACCACUGUCUUCCCCUUGCACAACAAGGCGGACGUCAGCGGAGUUUUGAUCCCCUGGAUCCGUGCUACUCAUCGCCAGCUGCGCGAUUGGUUUAGUCGAGACUUGCCAAUCCUGCGUCUGCACUCUGACAGGGGCGGUGAGUUCUCUUGUGACCUCCUUGAAGAGUUCUGUCGAGACGAGGGCAUCGUCCAGUCGUUCACACUUCCGGCAUCUCCUCAGCAAAAUGGGAUUGCUGAGCAUCGCAUUGGCUUGAUCAUGGAGGUUGCUCGUACCUCCAUGAUCCAUGCGGCUGCUCCCGAUAUUCUGUGGUCGUUUGCGGUCCGAUACGCUGCGCAUCAGCUCAACCUCUGGCCCCGUGUCUCUUUGCCCACAAUCCGUUGGACGGGACAGGUUGGCGAUGCGUCGGUGUUUCGGGUCUGGGGUGCGCUCUCCCUUGUUCGCGAUACCACUGCGAGCAAGCUCUCCCCUCGCACUCUUUGCUGCAUCUUCCUUGGCUUCCCCACCGACGCCCCGCCGUGGCAGUUCUACCACCCGAGCUCGCAUCGAGUCUUCUCCUCCCAGGACGUCACCUUUGACGAGUCUGUCUGUUAUUACAGGCUUCACCCGCACGCGCCCCACCCUGUCCCCCUCGCACCUCUCUUCCUGGUCCCUGUCCCCCCCUCGGUUGACCCCCUCCCCCCACAGGGUCCUGCUCCCUCAGGUGUGUCUCAGCCUGCUGCUGUGGACUCAGGAGCUGAGACUGCUGGUGCUGAGCCUGGAGGUGCUGAGACUGGGGGUGCUGACUCUAGGGGUGCUGCGAGUCCUGGUGGCGGUGGAGAGUCCAGUCCUGGAGGUGCUGGAGGUACUGCUGGAGGUACUAGAGGUGCUGCUGGUGCUGGAGGUACUGGAGCUGCUGGUGCUGGAGGUGCUGGAGCUACUGGUCCUGGAGGUCCUGCUAGUGCUGGAGGUGCUGGAGGUGCUGGAGGUACCACUAGUGCUGAAGGUACUGGAGCUGCUGGUGCUGGAGGUACUGGAGCUGUUGGUGCUCUAGGUGCUGGAGGUGCUGGAGGUGCUGGAGGUGCUGCAGGUGCUGGAGGUGCUGGAGCUACCACUGCUGGAGUCCCUGACUGA